AUGGUUGUGGAGGAGUUGAAUCAACACUCACUGGUGCUAGAGUUUUCAGAAGAUGAUAGCGACUUCAGCAGCGAAAGUUGCAGUGUCCAUGAGGUGAGAGAUGAGCAUGAUAUGGCAUAUUAUGAGAGAGCUGUACAGGAGAUAGCAUUGGGAGAUAGGUAUGUCUGUAUGAUUUGCACCGUGGAGAUGGAUUAUACUUGUAAGAUGUACGCCUGUGAGGGAUGUUAUAGGGUAUUUGACUACGAGUGUAUUAGAGAAUGGGCUUUGAAAUCAACUGAGAAGACUUUAGAUCGAGUAUGGAAAUGUCCUAAUUGCUACAAAGUGAAUAAGAGAGUUCCUGCAAAAAAUAGGCCUACUUGUUGGUGUGGAAAGACUGUAAAUCCCGAUCCAAACCCUCUGGAUCCCAACUCUUGUGGACAGACUUGUGAUGCACCAAUUUGUCCACAUGGGUGCUCUAAACAGUGCCAUCUGGGUCCACAUCCCGACUGUGUGAGGACUAUUACCACGAAAUGCCAGUGUGGGAAACAUACAAGAGAGACUUUUUGUUAUCAGACGAUUUCUAUGAAGGGGAAAAGCCAGUUCCAGUGCAAUGAAGUAUGUGGCCUGCCGCUGGCCUGUGGGAUUCAUAAGUGCGAACGGCUCUGUCAUUCGGGAAUCUGUGGGCCCUGUCCCGCAGUUUUGAAUGCCAAGAGUAAUAAGUUAAAGAUCAGAUGUUACUGUGGGCUUGAGCAUAGAGAUUCUUUCAAAUGUAAAGAUGUGCGAGUAGCCAGUGACCUCUCAAAGGACGGGAAGGGUGAUAGUUGGAUUGGAGCAUUUGGUUGUUCUGGAAUUAGAAAGAUCGAAUACGCCUGUCGAGAGCAUUCGUUUGUGGAGAAGUGCCAACCUUCACCCUCGAUCUCAGGGAAAAUAGCAUGUCCAUUCUCACCAAAGCUACUCAAGACUUGUCCUUGUGGGAGGACCUCAUUAAAGGUGUUGGCGGAACCCAGGAAGUCAUGUACAUCACCUAUCCCCAAUUGUGACUCUACCUGUGGUAAAAAAUUAGCAUGUGGCAGACAUACUUGCCCAUUUACUUGUCAUGACGGACCCUGCAUGGAUCCAUGCAUUCAGAUAGAAACAGUACGUUGUUCAUGUCAUAAAAACUUGUAUUCUGUUCCUUGUCAAUUCAAGGAACAACCACGUUGUGAUACGAAGUGUGAAUCUUUAAUGUCCUGCCGUCGUCAUAGGUGUACUGAGAGAUGUUGUUGCGGUAGACCUUUUGCAGAAAGGAGGCGCAAGACACCUCUUAGCUCAAGAGAGUUAAUGGAUGAAUCUUCCGUUGAAUCCGAGCACAUUUGUUUGAAGGAUUGUAAUUUGACUCUCUCUUGUGGUUGUCAUAAGUGUCAGCGGAAAUGUCAUCCAGGUAAAUGCCCACCUUGUCUGGAGAGUGAUUCUAAUGAUCUGGUGUGUCCAUGUGGGAAAACAGUCGUCGAAGCACCAGUGCGUUGUGGUACGAGAUUACCGCCAUGUCAUUAUCCUUGCAUUAGAGUGAUACAGAAUGCGUACAAGUGCGGUCAUAAACCAAUGCCUCACACAUGUCAUCCUCUAAAUGAACCAUGUCCCUCGUGUACUGCGCCGGUCUUCAAGCCUUGUAAAUGUGGUAAGAAGGAUAAAGUAAGAACACUAUGUUUCCAGAAUGACGUUUCAUGCGGUACCACUUGUGGGAAGCCACUGGACAAUUGUCCUCAUAUGUGCCAGAAAAGUUGUCAUAUACCAGGUGAGUGUCAGAAAAAAUGCAAGCAGAUUUGUAAUAGAAAGCGAAUUUACUGUGACCACAAGUGUCGAUUGAUUUGUCAUGGUAACGAUAAAUGCCCCGACAUUCCAUGUCCCCUUUCGGUCAAGAUCAAGUGUGAGUGUGAAGUGAAGGAGUCUUUUAUUACUUGUGGAGCGAAUUCAGAAACACCUAGCAAAGCUACGACCACCAUUCUGCCCUGCGAUGAAGAGUGUGAAAGGCACAAGAGGCAUUUGCAACUAAGGGAGGCCUUCGGAAUAUCAAAUUUUAGUGACAAUCCGUCGAGAUCCAAAACAGCAUCGCUCGAGAAUCUUGCAGCAGUUGCGAAUUCUUUCGAAGAGUUAGAGUUGCCAUUUAGUGAACCUGCGUUGGGAACUUUCGCCAAGCAAGAAGCUUGGUGUACUCAGAUAGAAAAUGUUCUCAAUAGCUUCAUGGACAACGAGGAGAAAACCAGUUUGCAUUUCAAGCCGAUGAGGCCCGCACAGCGUCAUUUCAUCCAUGAAUUGGCCAAGUCAUAUAACCUUUACGUUGAAUCUCAAGAUCGGGAGCCUAAAAGAUCUGUGUUUGUCAAGAAACAGGAUAAUGGCGGGUCGUGUAAGCCGGUAAUCCAAUUGAAGGACUCAUUGCCUAUUUAUCAAUUCUUCAAAGAAAAUGAAAAGGAGAAAAAGGCCCAGAGGUUUGAAGCCCAAACGACAACUGAGUUCGUCAAUUUCAUUCCCAAAGAAGAGCCCCAAUUGGAGCGUGCAAAGAAUAACGCAUUCAAACUUAAGAAUGUUUCCACGGGUACUACCAAAGAGGACCUCGAGCGCAUCUUCGCCGACCACUUAAAACCAACACUAGUCAAGAACCCUCAAUUCAAGAUUCAAGAUUCAACCAAAAAUGGUUUAAUAUACCCUGAGGACUACGCAGAGAUCAGCGUUAAUGUUGAGCGCGAUUUGGAAGCCCUAGUGGGUCAUUUUGACUAUCUCUGUAAAGAAAGCUUCAUUGGUGAUGGUAUCGAACUUUGUCACAUUGAUUUGAAGGUCCUACAAGAAUCUGAAUGA